UCGUCGAAUCAGUCGAGAAUCUGUUGGCGAAGCGUGCGGUCCGAUUCGGUUUUUCCUGCUCGCGUGCUCAGGAAGCAAAAGAAAAACAGAACGGCAGAAAAGCAAAAGCAGAGGAGCCGCCACUUGGAGCGACAGUUCCAAAAAUCUGUCAAACUAUACACGUAUAUCUAUAUAUACCCGUCGAAUAGAUAGUGCCACAAUUUUAUUUAUAAACCGCCUAUAUUUAUUUUGGAUCAAACUUGAGGCGAAAGCAAAAGUGUUUUAGGAAUUCGGCUGUGUGUCUAGUGUGAAAAUGCCUUUGGCGAAAUUGUGAAAUCCUCGCGUGUCAAAGUCAAAUAAGCAAAGGGAUAUAUAAGUCGCAAGAGAAACCGUACAUAUAUCCCGCCAUAAUGCCGACUCUCGGCACCAAAUUCCUUGCCUGCCUGCUGCUCAGCUCGGUGAUCCUGGUCAGCGGUCAGUUCGAGCACUAUCUGGACAGCCUGCGAUCCUCCGAGUUGUACGAGUUCGCGGAGGGAUCCUUGGGCAGCAUCCAGUACCUUCCGAAGGGCGACAGCGAGACCAUCGUGCUGCAACUGGAGCAGCCCAUCAACUUCUACGGGGAGCAGUACGAGCAGCUAUACAUCAACACCAAUGGCAUCCUCACGUUCAACGUGGAGUUCCCCGAGUACCUGAACCAACCCUUUCCGCUGGAGUAUCCCUCGAUAGCUGCCUUCUACUCGAAUGUGGACACCAGCAAUAGUGAUGAGGGCACCUCGAUCUCCUUGUUCGAGACCAGGGAACAGGAGGUCCUCGAUAAAGCAUCCAGCCUGGUGCGUUACGGCUUCAGCAGUCAGCCGGACUUCGAGGCCCACCAGGUGAUCGUGGCCACGUGGCGCAAUGUGGGCUACUUCGACUCCAAGACGGACCGCCUAAACACCUUCCAGGUGGCUCUGAUCGCCGGAGAGCAAAAUACCUUUGUGCAGUUCAUCUAUCCGGAAGGUGGACUUAAUUGGCUGCAGGGCGAAUCCGCAGAAUUGGGACUUCCGGACAUUCGUGCUCAAGCGGGAUUUGUAUCUGAGGAUGGACGCUACUACAACUUGAAUGGUUCCGGAUCCGAGAAUGCUCGUUUCCUGAGCGAGAGCACCAACCUGGGUGUUCCCGGAGUCUGGCUGUUCGAGGUGGCUCCUAUCGAGCCAGAGCAGAACGUGAUGCUACCCGACAACGAGGAAUCCCGCACAGAGUCGCCCGCGUUGGCCCAAAGCUGCCAGGCGCAUGCGCACCAGUGCCACCAGAAUGCUCAGUGCCACGACAAAGCCGAAGGAUACUGCUGCGUCUGCGAGCAGGGAUUCUAUGGCAACGGCAAGUCCUGCCUGGCCAACGAUCAGCCGAUCCGCGUGUCGGGAACGCUUUCCGGUGAGCUGAACCACCAACCCGUUAACGAGGAGGCCAAACUGCAGUCGUAUGUGGUGACCAGCGAGGGUCGCACCUACACCACCAUCAACCCGUUGACCGCCGAGCAGGGUGCUCCACUCCGAUUGGCCCUUCCCCUGCUGACCACCGUGCCCUGGUUGUUCGCCAAGUCGGUGGGCGGAGUGCCCAAUGGCUACCAACUGACUGGCGGCGUCUACACCCACGUCUCCCGCCUGCAGUUCGACUCCGGUGAGAGUCUCCUUGUGAACCAGACCUUCGAGGGUCUCAACUUCUGGGACCAGCUGUCCGUGAAGAUCGAGAUUUACGGCGAGGUGCCAGAGGUUCCGGCCGAGGCGGUCCUCCAUCUGCCGGAGUACGUGGAGCAGUACACCUUCGAGCGACCGGGAGAACUGAAGUCCGUGCAGGUGCACAAGCUGGAGAUCACGGCGGAGCAGCGAGUCCUGGGACUUCAGGUGGAGCAACGUAUCCUGUACCGCAGCUGCCUGCGAGAUGACGAGGCGGAUCCGAGUGCCACACAGGUGCUGCAGAAGAUCUCGAAGGUGGCCCUGGACUACGUGGACCGCGACCAGGCGCUCCGCAUUGGAGCAAUGAGCAAGGUGGGCGUGACCGCCGAGACGAAUUCCUGCAACGAUGGAACCGCCGAGUGCGUGGAGAACUCCGUGUGCGUUCCCUACGAGGACACCUACCGGUGCGACUGUCUCCACGGAUUCGCCGCCCAGUUGGAUGAGCGUGGUGUGGAGGUUUGCCUGGACAUCGAUGAGUGCGCUGCGGGAACCCAUGUCUGCGAUGAGAAUGCCAUUUGCGACAACACGGAGGGCGGCUUCAACUGCUACUGCUCCCAGGGAUUCGAGGGCAACGGCUACCGCUGCCUGUCCAACAGCACCGCCGACAACAUUGAGUACCCACCACAGGGUCAUGAUCAUGAGGAGUCCACUGCCGAUCCCAAUUCAAGCACUCCAGGGAACCAGGAUCAGGAUCAGGAGAGGGAUCUCGAGCGGGAAAGGGAAGAGGAACGGCGAAGGGAGGAAGAACAGCGAAGGGAGGAGGAACGGCGAAGGCAAGAGGAACGUGAAAGGGAGCAGUAUCCCCAUCCGGAUCCAAAUUCUGAGGACCAGGUGCCCCAACACCCCGACGAGUGCUACCGCUGCUCGAAGGACGCCGACUGCUACAAGGGUCGCUGCACCUGCCACGAAGGAUUCGAAGGAGACGGCUACAGUUGCUCCAACAUUUGCGUGCAUGGCGAAGUUUGGGAGAACGGACGCUGCGAGCCCCUUCUGCUGGACAGGCACGAUGUGGAGCCAGUCUGCGAUGCCCUGGGAGAAUGCAGAUGCCCCUAUGGAUAUGUUCUUGCCGAGGACUACAUGCGCUGCACCUUCAAUCAGGAAUAUGAUAGCGAAAGGAACUCCGAUCUUAUUCCCUGCGAUGUGGACGAGAACUGCCACAUAAAUGCCACCUGCAACUGGUAUGAACAGGAACUGCGCCACAUUUGCACCUGCAAACCAGGAUUCCGAGGCGACGGCUACUCCUGCGAGUCCACCAGCGAUGAUUCCUGUGAUGUUGUAGACAUCUGUGAUGUCCAUGCUUCGUGCGUCUUCGUCGACGGAGUGAAACCGGAGUGCCAGUGCCAACAGGGCUACACAGGAGAUGGCUUCCGUUGCCAGUUGGCCGCCGAGUGCCAGUCCAACGAGGACUGCGGCAAGAAUUCCCUCUGCCAUGAGGGCGUCUGCCGCUGCCAGGCGGACUUCGAGCGGGACAUCAACGACCGCUGCGUUCCGGCGGGACAGUGUGGGACGGUCUUCUGCGGACCGAACGCCUUCUGCCGCUGGGAUUCGGUGCAGAGCGUCCAGUUCUGCGACUGCCUCGAGGGAUACCAGGGGGACGCUCUGAAGGGAUGCACCAGCAAGCCCUUGUCCUGCCACGUCCUCAACAACUGCGGCAUCCACGCCACCUGCGAGCCAACAGAAGACCCAGCUAAUUAUGAAUGUCAGUGCAUUGCUGGCUUCAACGGCGAUGGAUACGUUUGCAUCGAGGAGCAGAACUGCCUGAACAACCACACACUGUGCGACUUGAACGCCCAAUGCCAUUCAACCAACUCCGGAUUGGUCUGCGUCUGCAAUCCAGGCUUUUAUGGCAACGGAUUUACAUGCCAGGAGCGCCAGCAGCAGGACUCUGAUUUCCUGAUCGUCAGCCAGGGCGUGAUGAUUGCUCGAGUUCCCCUGAAUGGACGCAAUGUGAGACCCAUUUCGGUGGCCCAGAUGGCCAUUGGCUUGGACAAGGAUUGUGUGGAGGGUCGUGUCUACUGGGGCGAUAUUUCUACCAAGAAAAUCGUUAGCGCCAAGUACGAUGGAACCGAUUCUCGUCCCUUUAUUACCACAGAUAUCGAAUCUCCUGAGGGCAUUGCCAUUGAUGUGAUCUCGCGCCGUCUUUAUUGGACAGAUUCGGCCAAGGACACCAUUGAGGUGGCCAGUUUGGACGAUCCUUCUUUGAGGGCUGUGAUCAUCAAUAAGCAGCUGGUGAACCCACGUGGCAUUGCAGUGGAUCCUUACAGGGAGAAGCUUUACUGGUCCGAUUGGGACCGCUCUUCGCCCAAGAUUGAGGUGUCCAACUUGGAUGGAACUGGUCGUGAGCUUCUUUUGGGCCAGGAUGCGGUUACCCUGCCCAAUUCCCUGGUGGUCCUCGAGAGCACUGGUGAGGUGUGCUACGCGGAUGCGGGAACCAAGAAGGUGGAAUGCAUCGAUGCCCAGAGUCGCCAGAUCCGCACCAUUUCCAACGAGCUGUCCUAUCCCUUCGGCAUCACCUACACGCACGAUCAGUUCUACUGGACGGACUGGACCACUAAAAAAGUGGAGAUCGUGGACAGCUUGGGCACGCGGCAGAAGGCCAUUCAGCCGCCCUUCUUCGGCAGCCACAAGAUGUACGGAAUGACGGUGGUGGAGCAGCACUGUCCGCAGUACCAGAGUGCCUGCCAAAUCAACAACGGUGGCUGCACGGACAACCGGAUCUGCCUGGUCAACCGACUGGCUCCCUCCGGAAAGAGCUGCAAGUGCACCAGUGCCUCCACCGGAUGCAGUGUGCCAGCGCCCUUCCCCGGCUACUAAAUUUACUAUUAACUCAAGCCGAAGUUAUUUUUCGAUACGUAUACAAGCACACACCCACAAAGCAAUUUAACCAAAGCGCGUAAAAGAAUCGAAGUAAACUAAACUAAACUAAAUUUAAUUAACUAACUAGGAGUGCCGGUGUGCCAUUUUAUGUAAAGCUACUCAACGAAGAAUAUUUAAUAAAGAAAAACAAGCCUUACAAAAGA